UUUCCUAGUGCCUGGUUGAUAUUUCCGUUCAUUUCAAUUUCCACUCGUAUCUCAAGGCACCCAGUGUACCGAUGUAAAUGUGAUCCGUGCAGGUUGUUGGCCCAUAGCUGGAUGCGAACUUACUGCUUGGUCACCAUCCUCCUGCUUCUGUUGGUUGUCAUGGUGACGGUCAAGGACGCAAUUGGCUCCAGAAGCAAAGGAGAUGGCGUGUGGUGCAGCCUUUUGGCGAGCUGGACGAUGAUGGACCCGUCGUACUCGCCACAGGACUCGGACUCAGAAUUGCACUUGAGAGGCUCUCUGCGGAUGUUCCUGCAGGAGACAUCGGCCUUUAAGCAGCAGAACCCCGGCAAGUUCUGUCUGCUGGUGUGCAGCUUCUGCACUUUCUUUGCUGUCCUCGGACGCUACAUUCCAGGGAUCGUCAUCUCCUACUUUCUCGUGUUGUCUGUGUUCCUGUGGCCUGUGUUAUCGUCUCCGGAGGCGUCCUCAUGGCUGAAGCCGGUUCUACAAAAAUUGAACUUUGGCGUGGCGGCGUUGCUGCAGAAGAUAAAAGAGGAUCACGCGAGAAGAAUCCUGAAGGCUCGGGUUGAGGAGUCGGUCGAAUCUGACCUAUCGUCCAUGUUUCCCAAGUUGGACUCGGCGGCAUGUAAGGAGCUGUCGGUUUCGGACACGUCGGUGUCGGACGUGACGUGGACGGACAACUUGAACCUGUCAGAGGAGAACACGCCGCAGACAGAGAACUCUGAAGACCUGGACAGAGAGGAGGUGUUCUCCAGGGGUCUCCACGACUUCCCCUCCGUUGACAACGGUGCCACCACCAACGGCGAGGAUGAUGAAGAUGAUGACUUUGGCUUUCCUCGGCCAAUGGGGAGCAAGCGCACCGCUCCGCCCCCCGACGAUGCGGCCCUAGACCUGGUCCAGAAAGUGCUCCGGGGUGCCAUGACCGCCGCCGUCCAGGAGGCGGCCUUGGGCUUCAGACUUCCGAAGCCGGCCGAAGAGUCGGACAGCGAAGCCGAUGACUUUGAGUUGCUGGACCAGGCGGAGCUGGACCAGCUGGGGGCGGAAGUGGACCUCCUAGGAGGGGGCGGAGCCAAGACUGCCACCAAAGAAGGCGAUGGCAAAGCCCCCGGUUUCCUCGCCAAAAUUCUGAGACGACACUGAUUCACUGUAUGGUGGGAGAGGCGUUACUUAUUACAAAUUGAAUUUGUUCAUUGACCAAGCUCGUAACACACUUUAUUCGUACAGCGGUACCUUGAAUUACGAGUUGAUACAACCUUUGAGCCAUUACGUGUUAGCAUUAAGCUAGCAGGGGCAUUUCGAACACUGCAGAAUUAAUGCUAAUCCUUAGCAUGUGCAUGGCGUUUCCCACGUUGUGUUAGCAUUAAGCAAGCAGGGGCAUUUCUUAAGGUUGAGUCGUUUGAAAUGCAGAAGUUGUAAUUUCUUUUGUUUUGUGUGAGAGUCAAUUUCAACUCCAAAUUGAGCUUGCUCUCACCAUACAGCAGCCGUAUCUCAAACUCACACUGUAAGGGUAUCUGUGCUUUGUGCUCGAGUUUUUUUUUCUUCUCUUUUUUGAGGCAAAUUGGUGGUUGUAGGCGUAAACCCCCACCAGUGACCCUUUAGCGCCCCCUGGAAUCCAGUUUGACUUUACAAUGUGAAAUUUAGUAGUCAUGUAUAUCUUGAGUAGACUCACAAAAAAAAGUCUCAAGAAGUCAUGCCGGAAAAGACACAGGAAGUCUGCCAUUUUGGUUCAAAGUGGCCAUUUCAAUAUCAUGUUGAAGAUAUCCAGGUGUCGCUAAAUUGUUUCAUGUUUUGAAAAUUCAGCCCCCGAAGCCACUUUGAUUUAAGGACGUGAAAUUUGGUAGUCACGUCUGUCAUGAGCAGACCCACAAUAAAGUCUCAUGAGGACCUGCUGAAAAAGACACAAGAUGUCUGCUGUUCUGAUUUGAGCAGAUUCAGUCUGAGGUGGUUGUUUUUUUUUUUUUUUUGUCAUGGCUAGGUUAGAUUUGUCUGGGUGGAUUUAUUGGCCAUUCACCAAACAAUGAAAACAUCUGACUAGUGUUUUGAGUGGAAUGAACGUGGAAUGAAUGCCCAAACAAUAGAAAAACCCAGUAAAAAUGAUGCCAGUCAAUUUUACUGUGACAAUCUGUAACUGCAAAUUGCUUCAAUUUGAUUUUUUUUUCAUUUUUUUUAAAAGUUUCAUCCUGCUGGUUGGAUUCAUUUUAUUUUUUUACUUUGUCCUUUUUAAAUAUUUUGUAACUUUUUCAUUUGUUGCGCUCGUUCGUAUCGUGCUUCACUGAAAUCAAGAGUUUUAACCGCUUAUCAAAUAUUCACGCAUUUUAAUGAACUGAAGAACAAUGCACCUUCUGUUUUAUACGGAAAUCAAAAUCAGUGAGUGAUCAUCAUGUGCGUGUGAUCAUCACGUGGUUUUGUACGACGGGAUGACAAGUAUCAGUUGUGUAAAUUCAACAGUGCCUAAAAAUCUGCUGCUUUACGUCCAAUGACUGUUGAUCCAAACUGGCCAAGCUUGACUGAACAAGAUCUUGUUGAUCAAUUCAAAUAUGUGAUGACAGCGUUACCAUAUAUGUCCUGAGUUGCCUUUUGCUUGUCUGACAUUUCUUGUUUGACAUGCAUCAAUGUAUUCGUGUAACUUGAAUCCGUGUUAAUAAAAUGUUACGUGUGAGCUAGUU